AUCAACCGGAAACCAAACCGUGAUCUAGUAACCUUUGCCUUCACAACUAUACGCUAGGCAGCGCUCUGCUGACCACUCAGUCAUUUACAUCGCAGUAGCCGUCGUCGCACAAUGCAUCGCAGCCUACUACUACUAGUGACAAUUUUCACGACCAAGGCCGGCGGUCAAUUUGAUCCGCAUUUUGCGAAAAAGGAAGCCACCGGAAUCGUGCAGCUUUUCGAGUGGACCCACGUGGAUGUCGAGGCGGAAUGUGUGGCGUACCUGGGUCCGAACGGGUUCGGUGCCGUCCAGGUGUCCCCGGUGAACGAGGUUCGCAUUAUGCCAAAUCGAUCGUGGCGCGAACGGUAUGAACCGAUUUCGUACAAGAUUUCCGGCAGAUCUGGUGACGAGUCGCAGUUCCGGUCGAUGGUGAGCGCGUGCAACGACGGGGGAGUGCGCGUUUACGUGGAAGUGGUGCUGAACAACAUGGCCGGUGGCAGUGGGACGGUUCGGGGGACCGCUGGAUCGGUGGCGUAUCCGGAAAUGAAGGAUUAUCCGGCAACGCCGUACAGUGCUGGGGAUUUUAACGAUGCCUGCACGAUUGUUGACCCGAGAGAUGCUCACGAGGUGCGGAACUGUCAGAUCGAUGAUCGGCCGGACUUGAACCAGGGGUUGGCACGGGUUCGGGACAGAAUGGUCGAGUUCAUGAACAAACUUAUUUCGGUGGGUGUGGCUGGCUUUUACAUCAAUUCCGCUAAGAACAUGUGGCCGCACGAUCUGAGGGCGCUGUACUCGAAACUGGAGAAUUUGAGCAUUUCUGCGGGCUUCCCCAAAGACAGUCGACCCUUCAUCUACCAGGACGUGGCUGAUUUUAACGAGGGAGGCUCGAGAAAGACCGAGUACACGUACAUGGGAAUGGUGACGGAAUAUCGGUUCGCGUACGACAUUGGAGAAGUCAUGUACAAACGAAAACCGUUCCACCACAUGCUCUUCACGGGAACCCGCCUGGGCUAUCUUCCGCGGGAACGAUCGGUGGUUUUCGUGGACUCCCCAAUCCUGCAGCGACUUCCGGAGGUGAACGAAACCAAGCAGAUCGUGACCUUCAAGCACCGUCGAGAGUACAAGAUCGCGCUAGUAUUUAUGCUGGCCCAUCGGUACGGAACUCCGCGGAUCAUGAGUUCGUUUGGGUUCAAAACGGACGACGAAGGACCACCGAUGGACGCUCGAGGUCGGAUUGUGUCGGUUGAUUUUGAUGACGCUGGACAGUGCACCGGAGGAUGGAUCUGCGAGCACCGGUGGCUGGUGGUGAAGCGGAUGAUGAAGUUCCGCGGUGCGGUUGUGGGACAACCCGUGAUCAACUGGGUGGACAAUGGACAAAAUCAGGUUGCUUUUUGUCGAGGGAAGAUUGGUUUUGUGGCUUUCAAUGCGGAGAUAUCGAUCAGUAUGAAGGCGAAUCUGUUUACGUGCCUUCCGGCGGGGAUUUACUGUGAUUUAAUCAGUGGAGGAGUGGAGAGUGGUGAAUGUACAGGAACGUCCGUUCUGGUGGAUGCCAAAGGCCGUGCGGAUAUUUUUAUUUCUAGCAAGCUGGAAGAACCAAUUAUUGUACUGCUUGUAAGCGAGAAAAUAAAGUGAAAUUUGAUUGUUAUCUCAAACUUGUCCCAAAUCU